AGGAAAAUAUGGUGGGGGUGUUUGGGUUGUAGGCCAGAUAUGAAUUGAAGUUGAAUUUCUUUUUUCCCCAAAUUUGUAUGUUGUUGAGGUUCUUCAUUUAGGUUAACCAACUUCAAAAGUGCUUUCCUCCCUUUUGAUUUCUUCUUUCUCUGUUUUGAUGAAGCCAUUUUCAGUAUCAAUAAAAUAACUUUUGUCUGAAAAUGGGUUCCAUUGUAAUGGAACCAGAGGACAUUGCUGCUUACAGCAACGAUGGAAUUGGCCAUGGUUCCAACAACUUCACCAAGAUAUGUAUAUUUGCCAACCGGAUUCACUGCAAUAAUGGUGUUUUCAGUGGAGCAAAGCCUUUAGAGUUCUCAGUUCCUCUUCUUCUCUUGCAGCUUGGAAUUUGUUCUGGAAUUAUCAUCUUGUUUUCUCAGCUUCUCAAGCCCCUCGGCCAACCCCUCAUCGUCUCCCAAAUUAUGGGUGGUUUAGUUAUAGGUGCUUCCGGUCUAUGCUACAUGGAGAAAUUUAGAGAGGCGGUUUUCCCACUGAGCGGAUUCAUUGUUCUUGAUGUGGUUUCUGCAUUUGGUCGUGUUUUUUACUUUUUUCUGAUCGGCGUGCAAACGGAUAUCUCGUUUGUCAAAAAUAUUGACAAGAAAGCUUUUGGCAUUGGGUCUUGUUCUGCGGUUUUGGCUACUAUUCUAGUCAUCAUUUACUCUGUAUUCGUCGCUAAUUUUCUCGACAUCCAAUCAUCCAAAUACCUUUUCGUCCUCGGUCAAUUAGAGACAUUCAUCAAUUUUCCCAUGGUUUCUUCCCUUCUUUAUGAGCUUCAUUUGAUCAACUCUGAGUUUGGAAGAAUGGCUUUGUCAACAUCCAUGGCUUCUAAUAUCGUCGGCAUAUGUCUUUCAAUACUAGGAGGUAUCUUCGAUCCAAAUGGCGAGACCAGACAAGAGGACUUAUCAAAAAAUCUUGUUAUUGUGGUGCUUAUACUUGUCUUCAUUUUUGUUUUCCGACAUGCCAGUCUAUGGAUGAUAAGGAAGAAUCCAAUUGGCCAGCCAUUAAAGGAGUGUUUUGUGAUUACCCUGCUUUUAGGAGUGUUGAUGGUUGCCUUCUGCUGCCAGGCCUUGGGUUUGCAGAUCUACGUUGGUCCUUUUUUACUUGGAUUUAUAAUACCUUCAGGGCCUCCCAUUGGAUCAACAUUGGUGGAGAGACUUGAUUUCAUCACCUCUUGGGUUUUCAUGCCCAUCUUCUUUGCCAAAAUAGGCUUGAUUGUCAAUAACUACACCAUGAAACUCAUCAAUUUCUUAUGCAUGACACUCGUUGUCUUCAUUAGUGCAUUAGGAAAAUUUUUGGGUGCUCUUAUGAUUUCAAUAUACUACAAACUUCCUAUGAAAGAUGCCCUCUCACUCGGCCUCAUCUUGAAUAGUCAAGGUGCUCUUGAGCUUGGUAUGCUUAAAAUAAAGAGGAGGGAAAAGAUGAUAGAUGAGGAAGCACUUGUAGUUGGAUGCAUAUGCAUGUUGGUUAUCGUUUCAAUAAUCACUCCAGUAAUAAGAUAUCUCUUUCAUCCUUCAAGAAGGUAUAUAGUUUACAAGAAAAGGACAGUGAUGCACUUAAGACAAGAGUUUGAUCUUUGCGUAUUAGUCUGUAUUUAUGACCAAGAAGAUGUUCCUAGUGCCAUUAACCUACUCGACGCCUUAAAUCCAACGAGACGAAGUCACCUUGUUGUAUACAUGCUUCAUCUUGUUGAGCUUCUUGGUCGUUCCCAACCAAAACUCAUACAUCACAAGCAUAGGAAAGCCAUGACUUUAAGGUCAUCCUCUUCUGAGCCUAUUAUUAAUGCCUUCAAAUACUUUGCAGAGAGCAGCAAUGAAACUGUCGCAAUCAAUUCCUUCACUGCGGUAUCACCUUUUAAAACAAUUCAUGACGAUGUUUGUUCACUUGCUUUGGACAAAAAGUCUUCCUUGAUUCUUGUUCCUUUUCACAAGAGAUUUCAUUCCAAUGGCGUGUUGUCAUCGUCCAAACAUAAAAUAAAAAUGGUUAACCAUCAUAUCUUUGAGAAGGCACCAUGCUCCAUCGCCAUUGUUGUUGAACGUGGAUUUUCAAAUGUCUCAAAGUCUAUUACAAACCAUUUGCAGUCUUUUAAAAUAGCUGUAGUCUUCGUAGGUGGACCAGACGAUCGUGAGGCAAUGUUCAUCGGGGCAAGAAUGGCUGGGCAUUUCAAUAUAAACUUGACAAUGAUUCGAUUGCUAGAGAACGAGAAUGUCCCAAGGGAAGAAAUUGAGGAAAGAAGGCUCGAUGAUGAAGCGGUGGUUGAGUUUCGACAAAUUAUAGCAAACAACCAUAGAGUGAGGUACAUAGAAGAGGUGGUGAAGGAUGGCACUGGAACAAUCUCUAUGCUACGUUCGAUGGGGAGUAAUUUUGAUCUCGUUAUGGUUGGAAGACGACAUAGCCCGUGUCUGGCGUUAGCUCAAGGGUUGGUGCUUUGGAAUGAGUGCACAGAACUUGGGGCCAUUGGAGAGGUAUUGGCCUCUUCAGAUUUCAUGGGUAAUGCCAUAAUCUUGGUUGUGCAACAACACACAAGAGUGGCUAAUGAAGACCAAGAGAAUCAUCAAGAAACUAUCAUUUUCAUGGAUAAUAUUGAUGCAAAGGAUGAUGCAAAAGACUUGUUCAUCCAAUAGCAAUUUAUAAGAGUUUUGAAUCCGCCCUCUCUUUUACUAAUGAUUUUUAACUUAGAGUUGGAAAGGUUAAUUUUGAUCCCUCUCUUUUUGUUUCUUCUCAUUUCUUUUAGCUUCUCAACAUUGUAAAUUCUCCACCCCAUUCCAUAUUAGCAUGUUAAUAACAUCAUCUUUAUUCUUUACUUGGUCA